AUGGUUCGAGAUAUAACCUUUGCGUCCACAGAAAGAGCACGUAACUCCAAAACAUCACAGAAGGGUUGUAAGAAAACAAUAUCGGUGACUCGAACAAAGAAACUGUGGCUUUACCAGGAAAUCAAUGCAAAAAGGAAAGAGAAAGAAAUCAAGUGUGAUAGAGAGAAGUGUAAGAACAUUUCCUUCAAAGGGAGAAGCCAAGGAGAGAGAUCUGUGGCGGAAAGAAGAUUAAAAACAGGAAAAUCAAAGCAAAUUUACACUAUGGGGAUGGCAAAUCGGGAGCCAUUCAAGAAAAAGAUUUGCCCGAUGGUGAAGAGGAGAAGGAGUCUCAAAGGUCGGAAAUCCCACGACAUCACCGCAGCCGUGAGGCUCACAGCCGUCAUAACAGGAGGGCCGAGCGUGGUCGUUACCGUUCCGUCUUAGCCGUUGGCGUUGGCUGCGCAGUGGCAGGCGGCUGGAUUUGCUUAGCGACUGUGGUUUAUGUUGUGCGUUAUCUUCGCGCCAAAAAGGAUGCGGCUGCACGUGACUCCCCUGAUGACUUGCUGUGAUUGGUCAUUGAAGACAAUUUAUCAUUGAAUGAUUCAUUCGAUGGAAUGUAAUGGAGAAUUAACGUAAUUUAAUGGAAAUGAUGUAUCAUUCCAUGGUGUCCGUGAGGUAAUUAACUCAAAAGGGCUUGAAGAUUAAAUUACUCAUAGCCCUUAAUUUUUUUCUUAUUUUUUCGGCUUCGAUGUAAAGUGUGCUGGUGUCCUUAAAAGCAAAAAAGGUGGUGAGGUGGUGAGGUGGUGAAGUUGUCCAAUAUCGGAAAAACUCGCUUCACAGUCCGUAAUAAUACUAUACUUUGAUUAUAUUUCGAUGGAAUAGCUGUAUAACGAUAACGAUAUUUCGUAUUAUUUAAAAUUCAUAAAUCAUUCAAAUGUCACAGAUGACAUGGUUUGUCCAUUAUGUGUUGAUUUUAAAUGAUGUUAAUGAUUCUAAAAUACUUAAGCUUGGAGGUGUUUUUAUUUUGUCACAGAUGUAUUCAUGUUAUAUAUGGGUGUUAAUUUGAUCGAAAAUUUCUAUAUUACAUUAAUAUAAUUAAAUAUAGAUUUAGUAAUUGAAGGUGAAAACAGUAGUAUAAAUGUGAACCGUUACGCUGUUUCGUUUAUAAUUAGCUAAACUUUGUAGUAAGAGGAAAUGAGACGUUGCAGAUCAAACUAAAAUGGAACUGCAGAACUUUCGUGCGAAAUGAUCACAAAAAUCUCAAGACAAAUAAACAACAAUUCAGAAUUGUAUAUUUGUAGUUGUGCGAGAUCGUACGUUUAUAAAUGAAUGGAGAAAUAAACAUAAUAGGAAAAAGUAAAAUUUACCUAAUCCUCCCUUACGGCUGUGUAGUAUUCUAGUGAGGCUCCCCUUCUCCCCUUUACAGUCACGUGUUUAUACUCUGUUAGCGACGACUGUGGUUACCCCCUCCGUUCCUAUUGAAGACCAUGUGAUCGCCCUCCCCCCACCCAAAAAAAACCUCUGAACCCCCCUCCGGGGAUUAAUAUAGACCCUGAAGGACCAAGUUAAAGAAUUAAGGUAGUGUUUUACUCAAGACUUGUAGCCUGCUGUGCAGACCCGUCCUCUUCCCUUUGACUAAGAAAGAAGGGUGUAUACAUGAUUAUCGCAUGACAUGUUAUUCAAGUAGGUAAUGAAUGAAUGAAUGAAUGAAUGAAUCUUUAUUAAGUCAUAAG